AUGGCCACCGAAGCCCCUGUGAAUAUAGCCCCCCCUGAACACAGCCCUGGUGGAAGCACAGCGACUGACAGCUUCCUUUGGCAGCCAGACUCACUAAACAUGCAUGUCACGAGGCCCAAGUCCGCCAAGGGGCGUACUCGGCCAAGACUGCACAAGCGCCUGGGCAUGGAGGGGUGCUCUGGCCGCACACCACCUUCUCUGCCUCCAGCCAUUCCCUGCGAGUCGCCGAGCAGCCAGAAACCAGGAGCCUGCACCCCCAAAUCUCCAGAUCAGGGAGCCCCCAGUGAGAUCCCAGAGCUGCUGCAGCAGGUACCCUUUGGGGCAUCCUCUUCCCUCAAUAAAUACCCAGUCCUCCCUUCCAUCAACAGGAAGACCCUGGACGAGGGCGCCCUGGAGACAGUCGCUAAGAAAGCCGGCUCCCUGCAGCUUAGCAGCGCCCAGGCUCUUUCCCAGGAGGAGACCUGCACCACGAAGAUGGGUGAAAAAGAUCCCCAGGCUCAAGCCUGUUCCCCAGAGAGGAGAGUCCUCGUGCGGACCGAGAGACAGAACUCCUCCAGGGCUGGAGACCUGGAAGAGCCAUCAGAUCAAGAGCCCAGACUGCUGCUCGCCAUCCGCUCACCCUCAGGCCGAAGGUUCGUCCGCCACUUCCGGCCAACUGAUGCCUUGCAGACCGUUGUGGCCGUGGCCGAGCACAAGAACAAGGCCACCUACCGACCCUGCAGCGUCGAAACGAUGGAGGUGCCCAGGAGACGUUUCUCUGACCUCAGCAAGUCUCUGCAGGACUGUGGAAUCCCCAACAAGUCGGUGCUGGGCAUCUCCCAGGAAGAGGGGGCAGGCUGGUCCUGA